AUGACCACCGAUCCUAAGCAUUUCAUGCACACCAGCGGCGAGACAGACCCCGUUUGGAUUCACCAAGUGCCGUACGAGAGCAUUCCCAAAUUCUCGAAGCUCGACAGGGACCUUGAGACAGAUGUCUGCAUUGUUGGAUCCGGUAUUUCAGGUGUCUCGGUUGCAUACGAGCUUGUGACUCGAGGCUUGAACGUCGUCUUGAUCGAAGGCCGCGAGAUUCUCUCUGGUGAGACUGGCCGUACGAGUGGUCACCUUGCCAACGAUCUCGAUGAUGGUUACACUGAGAUUGCUAAGAAGCAUGGCGACAAGGGUGCAAAGGCUGCGGCUGAGUCGCAUACCUGGGCCCUGAACCGUGUCGGCGAGAUCUCGAAGCAGCUCGGCAUCGAGUGCGAGUACCGCCAUCUUCCUGGUUACGACUUCUCUCAGUACCCGAAGAACGACAAGAACCACUCAGAUGACAUGAAGUCAGUCAUCGAGGACGGCCAGAAGGCGAAGGAGUUAGGCAUUGGAACGGAGUACAGGGAGGGCUUCAAGCUCAAGGGCUGGGAGGGAACCCCAGAUCAGAGCGAUGCAGUCAUCUAUUCUGGCCAGGCUACAUUUCACCCCACAAAGUACGUUGUGGGUGUCCUCAACUUCUUGAAACAGCAACCAAACUUCUCAUGCUACACCAACACACGAUGCAUGGACGUCCAGGAGAAGGGUGUCGAGAUCCUGGGUAUGGGCCACAAGGAAGUCAUUGUCAGCAUUCUUGACGGCCACACCAUCAAGUGCGCCGAUGCGGUCGAGGCCACCUGCGUACCUCUCCAAAAGCUGUCCGUCAUCGCUGAAGAGGAGUACUACCGCACAUACUGUAUCGCGAUCCGCGUACCCAAGGGUUCAGUCGAGGACUGCCUCUUCUACGACUCAGCCGAAAUCUACAAGUACGUCCGUCUCACAGAGUGCGACGAGAAGGACGACUACAUGGUUGUCGGAGGUGGUGACCACAAGGUCGGUCAGGGCGACACAAUAGCACCCUUCAAGGAGCUUGAAGACUGGACACGAUCGCGCUUCCCCCAGGCCACCACAGUCGACUACAGGUGGAGUGGCCAGGUCUUCGAGCCCGUCGACUUCAUGGCAUUCAUCGGCAAGAAUCAGGGCAAGAAGCACACCUAUAUCAUCACCGGCGACAGCGGCAACGGUCUCACACACGGUGUCCUCGCAGGAAGACUCAUCGCAGACGAGAUCACCGGCGAGAAGAACCCAUGGGCUUCCCUCUACAACCCCAGCCGUCUCUCCUCCAUCGCCAAGUCCCUCCCUAGCAUGAUCAGCCAUGACCUCCAGAUCAACGCACAGUACAAGCGUUUCCUGCAAUCCGACAUUAAGGACAUUGAGGACCUCGCACCUGGCGACGGUGGCGUUCUCAACCCUACCGGCAAGAAGCCAUUGGCUGUAUACAAGGAUGACGGCGGUCAGGUGCACAAAUUCAGCGCUUUGUGCCCUCACCUGAAGGGUGUCGUGUGCUGGAACUCAGCCGAGAAGAGCUGGGACUGCCCUGUACACGGUAGUAGAUUUAGCAAGGAUGGUGUGCAGCUCAUCGGACCCGCGAAGGCUGGUCUUGAGCCGGCGGAUGCGAGUGGUCAGGCGUUGCAGGAUGAGGCUAUCAAGGCGUAG